UUGUCUUGUCUUUGCGUGAAAUCAAGCGUUCGCUUCCCUGCUUGCUUGCUUUUCGAGAAUAUAUUAAAACAGCAGCAGCGUGGGGUGUUGAUUAUACAUUUAUAUACGUGAUUUAGUUGGUAUCAAACAACAAAUAUGCGUAAACGUAAAUCUCUAAAAAAAGACGAAGAUUCAGAAGGCUCUGAACCAGCCGGAGAACCAGAAGAAUUUCAAGACUCGGGUGAAGAUUGGACGCCGGAUGCCGAUUCGAAUGAACAGCCUACUCGCGGCGGUCGCAAACGUGGGUCAAAGGCGACCAUGAACAACACUAAAAAGAAACGCAAGGAUGAUUCUUCGGAAGAAAGUGAGGGAGAGGGCGAGGGUGAGGAUGAUGAAGAAGCAGAAGAUGAGGAGGGGGACCUUGAUGAGGAAGAGGGGUCUGAUGAUGAAAAAAAUGGCUCUGAUGGAAACAAAUCGGAUUCCAGCCAAUCAAAGGAUGUACCAAAGCAUUUCCAUUCUGGCAACUUUGUAUUGCUGAAAUCUGACGUAAAAUGGGAUGGCGACACAGUUGUUUCAAAAUUGGAUGAACUGAAUUUGUGGAAAAUAGAUGGAAAAGCUUUGCUGCAGAAAUUCAUUCCCAUGGAGUCUAAUGGAAAGAUAUUACACAAAUGCACUUGUGUGUACUCUGGGUGGAAUGUGGACAACCGUGACAACUACUACCCUAUCACUGAAAUUCUGGACCGGAAUCCACGCACCGACUCUAAGGAAAUAUGUGUAGCAUUAGAUCUAAAUGAUCUUCUUAAAGUAAGAGACAAGUAAAUUCAUCGUGUUUUACAAUACUUAAUUCAAUUAGUUAAGUGGAAAUAAAUUUAUCAUUAACAAUAUAUAAAGUUUCCUUUGGCACUUCAUUCCAGGUACAUUUGUGUAAAACAAACAUUUUAUAAAAAAAAUUGAAAAUAAAUGUUCAGUAAAAUAACUUUU